CAGGGGGCCCCGCUCGGAGGAAAGAUGCCGGUGAGCUUUGAGGAGGUGGCUGUGUAUUUCACCGAGGGGCAGGGGGCUCUGAUUGACCCCGCUCAGAGAGCCCUCUACAGGGACGUCAUGCAGGAGAACUACGAGACGGUGACCUCGCUGGGAUUUCCCAUUCCCAAACCUGAGCUCAUCUCCCGGCUGGAACGAGGGGAAGAGCCGUGGGUACCCGAUCUCCAGGCCUGCGAGGAAAGAAGGCUUCUGAGAUGCACCCGUACAGCAGGUGGUGAGCGAGGGAGUGAGAAUGAGGAGGGGAAUCAUCAUGAGGAAGUUCCCGCGGAAGUGGAAAUGCAGGGAACCUUUGUGGGAAGAGCUGAAGGGAAUUUUUCCCAGUGCUUAGAGCAGGAAGAAGGCUGGGGAAACUGGCACAGGUCAGAGAGGCUUCUGGAAAACCACGCAGGGAAGAAAGUGGAUGAAUCUAUUAGCGGUACAGGAGGAGACAAGGAUCCCAGAGUGCAGCAGACAAAUCCCAAGGAAGAGACACCCGGUCACUACCCUCAGUGUGGGAAAGAAUUCAUUGUGAGAUCACAGCUUGUGACACAUGAGACAAUCUACACUGGAGAGAAACCCCUUCAAUGCUUGGACCAUGGGGAAAGCUUCAAUAAGCUCUCAGAUCUUAAUAACCGUGAGACAAGCCACACUGGAGAGAAACCCUCUCAAUCCCUCGAGUGGGGGAAAUGUUUCAUUUCGAACACAGAAAUAAUGAGACAUCAGUUGAGCCAGACAAGGGAGAGACCCCAUAAGUGCUUGGACUGUGGGAAAAGUUUCAUAAGAAAGUCACACCUUGUUAAACAUGAGGCAAUCCACACAGGAGAGAGACCCCACAAGUGCUUGGACUGUGGGAAAAGUUUCAUACAGAGGUCAAACCUAGUUCGUCAUCAGGCAAUCCACACAGGAGAAAGACCCCACAAGUGCUUGGACUGUGGGAAAAGUUUCAAAAGAAGGUCAGACCUUGUUCAACAUCAGGCAAACCACACAGGAGAGAGACCCCACAAGUGCUUGGACUGUGGGAAAAGUUUCAAAAGAAGGUCAGUCCUUGUUAAACAUCAGUCAAUCCACACAGGAGAAAGACCCCAGAAGUGCUUGGACUGUGGGAAAAGUUUCAUACAGAGGUCAAACCUAGUUCGUCAUCAGGCAAUCCACACAGGAGAGAGACCCCACAAGUGCUUGAACUGUGGGAAAAGUUUCAUAAGAAAGUCACGCCUAGUUCAUCAUCAAGCAAUCCACACAGGAGAGAGACCCCAUAAGUGCUUGAACUGUGGGAAAAGUUUCAUAAGAAAGUCACACCUAGUUCAUCAUCAGGCAAUCCAUACAGGAGAGAGACCCCACCAGUGCUUGGACUGUGGGAAAAGUUUUAUACAGAGAGCACAUCUUGUUCGACAUCAGGCAAUCCACACAGAAGAAAGACCCCACAAGUGCUUUGAAUGUGGGAAAAUUUUCAUACAGAGGGCACACCUUGUUCAACAUCAGGCAUUACACACAGGAGAGAGACCCCACAAGUGCUUGGACUGUGAGAAAAGUUUCAUAAGAAGGUUACAGCUUGUUAAACAUCAGGCAUUACACACAGGAGAGAGACCACACAAGUGCUUGGAUUAUGGGAAAAGUUUCACAGUGAGGUCAAACUUUGUUCAACAUCAGUCAUUACACACAGGAGAGAGACCCCACAAGUGCUUGGAUUGUGGGAAAAGUUUUAUACAGAUGUCACACCUUGUUCAACAUCAAUCAAUCCACACAGGAGAGAAUCCAGAGGUGCUUGGACUGCGGGAAAAGUUUCAUAUAGAGGUCUAGCCUCAUUAAACAUGGAAGAAUCCACACAGGAUCUAAACUUCUGUGACACGUGGCAAGAAAGAUUAAGCAACUUGUAUGUAAUUGACUCAGGGUCAACAUUUAGAGAGAGAUUUUAACAGUGUGUCAACCUUAGAUACGCUAGAGUUUGAAAUGUAAAUGUGUAUUUUUAAAGACUUGGAAGAAGAGGGCAAGUCAUGUCGAAAUAACUAAUUGCCUUCUAUGAUGAGAAAAACUGGCUCUGUCGAUGAGGGCAGAGCAGUGGAUGUGUUAUUCCUUGAUUUUAGCAAAACUUUUGAUAUGAUCUCCUAAAGUAUUCUUGCCAGCAAGUUAAAGAAGUAUUGGCUAGAUGAAUGGACCAUAAAGUGGAUAGAAAGCUGGCUAGAUCGUCAGGUUCAAUGGGUAUGAUCAAUGGCUCCAUGUUUAGUUGGCAGCCGGUAUCAAGUGCGUGUCCCAGGGGUCGGUCCUGGGAACGGUUUUGUUCAGUAUCUUCAAUAAUGAUCAGGCAGAUGAUGUGGACUGCACCCUCAGCAAGUUUGCAGAUGACACUAAACUGGGAGGAGUGGUAGAUACGCUGGAGGGUAGGGAUAUGAUACAGAGGGACAUAGAGAAAUUAGAGGAUUGGGCCAAAAUAAAUCUGAUGAGGUUCAACAAGGACAAGUGGAGAGUCCUGCACUUAGGAUGAAAGAAUCCCAUUCACUGCUACAGACUAGGGACCGAAUGGCUAGGCAGCAGUUCUGCAGAAAAGGACUUAGGAUUUACGGUGGAUGAGAAGCUGGAUAUAUCAACAGUGUGCCCUUGUUGCCGAGAAGGCUAACGGCAUUUUGGGCUGUACAAGUAGGGGCGUUGCCAGCAGAUCAAGGGAUGUGAUCGUUCCCCUCUAUUCAACAUUGGUGAGGCCUCAUCUGGAGUACUGUGUCCAGUUUUGGGCCCGCACUACAAGAAGGAUGUGGGAAAGUUUGAAAGAGUACAGCAGAGGGCAACAAAAAUGAUAAGGGGGCACAUGAUUUACGAGGAGAGGCUGAAAGAACGGGGAUUGUUCACUCUAUAGAAGAGAAGAAUGAUGGGGGAUUUGAUAGCAGCUUUCAACUACUGGAAAGAGGGUUCCAAAGAGGAUGGAUCUAGAUUCUUCUCAGUGGUACCAGAUGACAGAAAAAGGAGUAAUGGUCUCCAGUUGCAGUGGGGAAAGUUUAGGUUGGAUAUGAGGAAACACUAUUUCAUUAGGAGAGUGGUGAAGCCCUGGAAUGGGUUACCUAGGGAGGUGGUGGAAUCUCCUUCCUUAGAGGUUUUUAAGGUCAGGCUUGACAAAGCCCUGGAUGGGAUGAUUUAGUUGGGGAUUGGUCCUGCUUUAAGCAGGGGGUUCGACUAGAUGACCUCCGGAGGUCCCUUCCAUCUCUAAUAUUCUAUGAUUCUAAGAGGGGUAACUGUAGUAGUCUAUGUUGAGCUAUCCAAAGGGUUCCCGUAUUCUAUUAUUUCAGGUUUCAGAGUAGCAGCCGUGUUAUUCUGUAUCCGCAAAAAGAAGAACAGGAGUACUUGUGGCACCUUAGAGACUAACAAAUUAAUGGACACAAAUCUGACAUCAGGAAUCAAAAUACUCAAAAACCAGUGGAAGAAGACUUUAACCUGUCUGGUCAUUCAGUGACAGACCUGCGGGUGGCUAUAUUACAACAGAAAAACUUCAAAAACAGACUCCAACGAGAGACUGCUGAGCUAGAAUUGAUAUGCAAACUAGACACAAUCAACUCCGGUUUGAAUAAGGACUGGGAAUGGCUGAGCCAUUACAAACAUUGAAUCUAUCUCCCCUUGUAAGUAUUCUCACACUUCUUAACUGUCUGUACUGGGCUAGCUUGAUUAUCACUUCAAAAGUUUUUUUUCUCUUAAUUAAUUGGCCUCUCAGAGUUGGUAAGACAACUCCCACCUGUUCAUGCUCUCUGUAUGUGUGUAUAUAUAUCUCCUCAAUAUAUGUUCCAUACUAUAUGCAUCCGAAGAAGUGGGCUGUAGUCCACGAAAGCUUAUGCUCUAAUAAAUUUGUUAGUCUCUAAGGUG